AUGAAUUUUGACCAAAAGGCGGUGAAAUUCCUGGCAAAUUUUCACAUCAAUGGAGGCGAACACUGGACCCAUGGCCCCCGGAAACGGAAGCCACUUGUGACUUCCCAGCCGGUUGGUGGAGGCCUGCCUGGAGGACCCAGGCCCAGAGCUUGCUUCCCGCCAGGGCUGGAGCGACGCCCUCCCGUCGUUACCAACCUGGGCGUCCCGGGCCCCACCAGGUACCGGGUGCCAGAUGCUUCGGCGCGAGAGUGCUCCCCACUGCCCCACUCUUCACCAUCGGCUCGCAUGCACCCCACCCGUGACGGUGGCGGCUGCAGGGCGUGGCAGACCGUGUGGUUCCCGAGGGAAAGCCCUGUCACCCAGAACGACUUCAACUGGGAGCAGUGGCCCUCGCCCGCCGACUACCAGCUGCCCAGCCCGCCCGCCUGCCCGGCCUUCAGCUGGGGGUCGCCUUACUCCAGCCCCCCCCCCGAGGCCCGAGCCCACUUGGGGAUGCUGCAGGCCUGGGGUGCAGGGCCGCGGGCCCAGCCCCUCCUGCAGGUCCCUCUGCCGAUGGGGUUAGCUCUCGCCUACAACAUCCUUCCCGGGUGCCGCCUGCCGGGCCCCUGCCCGCCCGCUUUCUGCAUGAGCUGCUCGCCCCUGCUGGCCUCCUGGGUGGGCUCCUCCUGCACCCUGGGCCCGGCUGCCUAUGGCGUGGAGGACUGCUACAACUCGCACUUCCCCUCCGCAAUGGGGGUGGUCAUCCAAGGCUUGCAGAGACCCAAGUGCCACGACACUGGCCCCUUCUGCGCGCUCUCGAGCCCACUCAACCCCUUCAAACAGUCACUGCACAAGAGCUGCUCCCAUGGUGUUGGCAUCAUCCCUUUCCGCAGGGAAGCCAAGGACAAGUGA